GAGUAAAAAAAUACUGAGGCCGUCACAUUUUUAUUUAUAUUUUUACUGUUAAUUACGUGAAUGAUUAAUUACUAAAUAAAUAAAAUGAAUUUUAUAAUUGACACACAAGGAGAAGAAAAUAAUUUAAGUAAAAGUCAAUUUAUUGACAGCGACGACGAGCUCGACUUUGAUAAUUUCAGUUUCGAAAUACCUGAGGAUGUCGAGAAGCCUAAAAAAUUAAAAAACUCCAGAGAAAUAGACAUAGAGGAAUUGGAUUCAUUUAUGGGAUGGAACGAGUCGUCAAAAAAUUCAAAAGUUCGCGGGAAAAUUCAAAAUAAAGAAUUAAAAGUUCCCGUUGCUGAUAAAACUUCCGAGGAUCCAGUAGAGAAAGAAAUAAAAGAAUGUCUUAAGAAGGCAGUAGUCGGUCCAGGGUUCGAGCAACUGGAGACGGUGCCGAGGUACGAAAUCAGCAGAAGGCGGCAGGCAAUCGAGCGUAAGCGCGAGCGGGAAAAAACCAAAGGCUCCAAAUGGUUCAAUAUGCCAGCAACAGAAAUGACUCCAGAAAUCAGACACGAUCUCCAGGUGAUCCAGAUGCGGUCUGUUCUUGAUCCCAAGCACUUUUACAAGAAGAAUGACAUCAAGGCGCUGCCCAAGUACUUCCAGAUUGGAAAAGUCGUUGACUCGCCGGUUGAAUUCUACAGCGGGCGGCUUUCGAACAAAGAACGCAAGAGAACUCUCGUUGAUGAGCUUAUGGCUGACGCUGAGUUUGCUAAAUAUAACAAGAAGAAGUACAAGGAGAUUAUUAAAGAGCAAGGAGUUGGAUUAAAGAAAGCUCACGCCCGCGCGAAACGUCUUAAGAAAAAAAAAUAAUUGUAAUUAUUAAUAAAAAUUUUUUAAUUCA